AUGACUCGGACGGUCCGCACGACUCCCAAACCAUUACCAACACCCCUCGCUAUGUCCGCUGCCCCAAAUGAACCUACUCCCUCCCCUCUUCCUAUCCGCCCCAAGGAGGAGGCUCAUCUUUUCAAAGAGGAGGGACGAAAGAAAGAUGGAAGGGAAGAGAAAGUGACUAGUCGUCCACAUCCAAAACCAACCUUUCCAACCCCAAAGCUCCGCCUCUCUACCCUUGACCUUGAUCACCCUGGUUCCAAUGUCUUUUUCAGCAAUACGAACCCUUCCAAAGCUCUUUCCGAGGCAGUCGACGCCGUCCUUUCUAUUCUCUAUCAACCCACCAAAACCAACGAUCAUAUCCCUGCGUGCCGCUCCGUGACCCUCUGUCUCCAUGCUAUGGGCGGUGUCGCAUAUACAACGGGCUCAGAUUUAGACGGAGACCACAAAGAAAUCCACUUUUCUCUGGACUAUAUCAAUGGAAUUCCAUCUGCGCGACAGAAAGACGAGGUACAAGGGGUGCUUGUACACGAAAUGGUCCAUUGCUGGCAAUGGAACGCCGUGGGAACCGCACCUGGCGGGCUAAUCGAAGGCAUUGCUGAUUUUGUAAGGUUGAAGGCUGGCUUAAGCCCACCACAUUGGAAGAAGGAAGGAGGUGGGCAGUGGGAUGCUGGAUACCAGCAUACAGGAUAUUUCUUGGAAUGGAUAGAAAGUACUUGUGGCCGAGGCAGUGUGAGAAAGAUUAAUCACGCAUUGAAGGACAAGAAAUACGCAGAGGAUGACUUUUGGGAGCAACUGUUCGGCAAAAACGUUAGUCUUCUGUGGAAAGAGUAUGAAGGAAGCCUAGACGAGGAACAGAAAAUGACGAAAAAGGUGGAGAGCAGCGCGGAAAGUCACGAGAAGGAUAGGAAAGAUAAUGCUGAAAUGAAAGAGAAGGGCAGGAAAGACGGUCGCUCCGAGGGAGACGAGUCUGUCGAAAAGGACAAGCCAAACGACAACCUUGCAUGA